AUGAGUGGUACUACGAUCUUGCGCUCGUCGGCAGGCCCAGUUGUACGAAUUAACCCAGACGAACUCCACUUCAACGACCCAGAUUACUUCGAUGAGAUUUUCAAUGUCACUAAUGGAAGGGCGGAUAAGCUGUACAGGGUGGCGAAUGCCUUUGGGCCAUAUCCUGCGACAAUUGGGACAAUGGACCACGAAACACAUCGAUUACGACGAGCGGCCGUGAAUGUUUUCUUCUCCAAGCGGUCAGUUGGUCAAUUGACUCCCUACAUUCAGACUAUCAUCACGAAACUUUGCGAUCGUUUAGGCGAAGCAUCGAAAACAGGAGAGCCAGUAAACUUGAAAUAUGCCUAUGCAGCCUUGACACUUGACAUCAUGAACGAGUAUUGUUUCUCCGCAGAUUCUAAAAUUGUAUUGCAACCUGAUUUUGGACGCAAGGUCUUCGAUGAUAUAGAUUCUUUCCUAAUUGUGAGCUUGGUGAAUUCAAAUAUACCAUGGCUCAUGAAGUCAUUGUAUGCUUUGCCAGAUAGUAUCGUUAGAGUCAUCAACCCCGCUAUGGCAGAUAUACUCGAUAUGCGUGAGAACCUCGCAAAACAGGUCGAAGAUAUUCGUCAAGAAAAGGAUCUAUCCCAUCUUGAAUCUGGUCAUCGGACAGUAUUUCACGACCUUCUCCAAAGCAAAUUACCUAAUUCAGAAAAGUCCCAGUCUCGUCUUCGGGAUGAGGCUUUCAGUCUUGUGACGGCGGGCUCGGGUACCUCGGCUCUUGCUAUGAAGAAUAUAUCCUACUUCAUAGCGGCAAACCCUCACGUCCAACAGAAGUUGUUGCAGGAGCUGAAGACAGUGAUGGCACUACCUGACUCUCCUACGAGUCUCCAAGAUAUUGAGACCCUUCCAUAUCUUAAUGCUGUAAUACGUGAAGGCCUCAGAUUAGGUCAUGCUGUUUCGCAUCGUUUGUCUCGAAUCUUUCCAGAAAAGACCCUCGAAUACGGCAAAUACACGAUACCCCCCGGAACAAAUGUAAACAUGACGACAAUGCUUAUUCAUGAAAAUGAAGAUAUAUUCCCGGAUCCUCAAGUUUAUCGUCCGGAGAGAUGGUUGAAUGACAUCUCUUUGCAGCGAUAUCUUUUACCAUUUGGAAAAGGCCCAAGAUCGUGUUUGGGCAUUAACCUGGCAUGGGCAGAAUUAUACCUGAUCACUGCCAUGAUUUUUCGAAGAUUCAACUUUGACGUGUCGGGGGUAGAUAGAGAGAGGGACGUGAAUGUUGACAAGGAUAUCGUCAUGGGUGUUCCGAGAUGGGAUUCUCCAGGAAUCAUAGUGAAAGUUCUUGAGAAUGAUUCUUAA